AAAAGAUCCAGUCAAUUGAGGUCGCGGUUACUGAAAGCAGUAUUUUUCGAAUACAUAUUACUACCAAAAAGUUGAAUAACACUUCUCAAAUACCCGUACCUAUCGAAAGUUUCCUAAGUAUUUGAAUAUUAUUGUAAAGUACAGUAUCCAGUUAGUUAUCUUGUGCUAACAGUGAAAAUCCUCUUGUAGUAUUCCCUCCGAAAAUUGACAGCGUUGCCAUCACUCAUCCAAUCAUCGACCGCUUCAGAUCACGUGGUACGAAGCGAGGUUAUAAGUAGGAUCCGCUCCCUCUCCCGUUCUCUUUUCCACAGUAACAAACGUCUAAAUCUAGUGUUUAGUGCUAAGUGUUCAAGAAAUCGAGGUUCAGAAUGCCACAGACCACGAUAACAAAUGGCUACACGAACGGCCAUUCAGGUUACGAGAUGAAGGAUGGAUCUGAAUUCUUAUUCACUUCGGAAUCAGUUGGCGAAGGACAUCCAGAUAAAAUGUGUGACCAAAUCAGUGACGCCAUCUUGGAUGCACAUCUAAAGCAAGAUCCUAAUGCCAAAGUAGCAUGUGAAACUGUUACUAAAACUGGGAUGAUUCUACUGUGCGGAGAGAUCACAUCGAAAGCAGUCAUAGAUUAUCAAAGAGUUGUCAGAGAAACAGUCAAACAUAUUGGUUACGAUGAUUCAUCCAAAGGAUUCGACUGGCGCACAUUGAACCUUCUGGUAGCACUCGAACAGCAGUCACCAAAUAUAGCUGACGGAGUACACACAGACAGAGAAGAAAUCGAUUUAGGGGCAGGGGAUCAGGGACUGAUGUUCGGAUACGCCACAGACGAAACAGAAGAAUGUAUGCCGCUGACGGUGGUUCUAGCACACAGAUUGAAUCACAAAAUUGCAGAUUUGAGAAGAUCAGGAGAGUUUUGGUGGGCCAGGCCAGAUACUAAAACACAGGUUACCGCAGAGUACACAUUCGAACAUGGCGCCUGCGUGCCAUUGAGAGUUCACACUGUGGUGGUUUCGGUCCAACACAGUGAGAAGAUCACCCUGGAUGAAUUGAGGAAGGAGAUCAAAGAAAAAGUAAUCAAAGAAGUGAUUCCAACGAGAUACCUAGACGAGCAAACUGUCAUCCACAUCAACCCUUGUGGGCAGUUUGUGAUUGGUGGACCUCAGAGCGACGCCGGCCUGACAGGAAGGAAGAUCAUCGUCGACACGUACGGCGGCUGGGGGGCCCACGGUGGCGGGGCCUUUUCCGGCAAGGACUUCACCAAAGUGGACAGCGGCGUACGCGGCCCGAUGGGUGGCCAAAUCGCUUGUAAAAGCCGGCCUGUGCCGACGCUGCCUGGUGCAGGUGGCGUACGCGAUCGGCCUUGCCGAGCCUCUAUCCAUCACAGUCUUCGACUACGGCACGUCGAAGCUGAGCCAGAAGGAGUUGUUGGACGUGGUCAACAAGAACUUCGACCUGCGGCCGGGAAAGAUCGUCAAGGAACUCAACCUCAGACAGCCGAUCUACCAGCAAACGAGCACCUACGGCCAUUUCGGCCGCGACGGUUUCACCUGGGAACAGCCCAAGACCUUGAGGCUGCAAUGACAUGCCUGCCCCGUUGCCAUUCCUUCCUCCUAAUUUUCCCUUGUUGUUUGCCCCCUCCCCUUCCCCCCCGUCGGUACCCCAGUAACUUAGCGAAUUAGAAUUUAGAACAAUGUCUCUGUGAUUGGCACUCUGAACCUUGAGCAGGAUGCGAUUUUUCAUCUCUUAACGAGGCUGAGCGCAUAGAGAAUACGAAAAGUUCUACAGCCGAUUUGAGUGUUUGACACUUGAAAUGUGACAUCACGUUAUUCUCCCUGCCCAAUUUAAAUAUGGAACUACGUCCGAAUAUUUCUAAUUAGACAAACUAGGGAAAUGUGGAAAUGGUUUCUAGCUGUGAUCAAUUUUGAAAUUUUGAAAUCAGAAUCACUCAAGAUAAGUUGAAGUUUGAAAAAAAACUAAUACUGUUCUAUCAAUAGUGUGAAUAUGACAAGUGUACAACUAUGUACAGCCAUCAUAUUUUCUUUUGAUGUGGAACUUGCUAUAAAAUGAAUUAUAUGGUGGUACAUUUCCUGUGAAGAACAUUCAAGUGAGGAUCUUUCGAAUAAUAUGUUUGAGUCAUUGAGUGAGCGACACAAAUUGAAAACGCAACAGAUGUUACCGUUAUUUACUGAUAUCAAUAUGUCCACACUUGUUCUUUGGUAUGUUUUCUGGUAACAAAAUGCCAGAUUAUGGCUGUCGAUGUGUAAUGCUUUUUAAAGAAGAGCGUCCAGUAUUUUGAAUUUGUCUUACUGAUCGUUUCAAAUUUCACACUGGCAAUUGGAUCUCUAGCUAUUUUUGAUUAAAUCGAAAAUUCAGUGACUAAGAAUCACAUACUGGAAUACGGAAUGUUAAUUAUAUAUUUUGUGUAUGUUCUGGUUCCCACGAAAAGGGAUAUCCUGUAAUGUUCUAAAUUUAUGGGAUUUCUAUGAAUGAAAGUCUUAGUAUUAUUUCACUAUAAAUAUCUUUGAAGAGAAAUUGAAGCAAAGGAACAAAAACUAAAUGUUGUUAAGAACAUCAAGUAUGCCAGAUAUUUUCACAAAGACAAACGAUCCUUUACAUUGUUAAGAUCAUCUGUAUCUUGUAUUAUCUUUGAAAUCCAAAGGAGGAUUGAAAAUUAUUCAGGCUCAUCGAUUUGUAUUCUUGUGGAAUAUCUUGAGGAAUCUUCAAGAUAUCACCAUAGUUGUGAUAUAUCAUUUAGAUGAAGAUGCAAUCACAAAUAUAUUGGUGUAUACAUGAUUGAAUAGAGAAUUUCAGCUUGUCAUCUGAGUUCUAACGUAAAAUAAUGAGUAUUUCAAGUUCGGUAACACAAAAAGUUAGAAGAUAUUGAUAAGUAGAACAUUUCAACGUUGGCUGAACUUAUCUAUCAUCUUUCAUCAGAUAUAUACGAGAGACUGAAGUAGGAUGCGCUGUUGGUGAUAGAAUUGAUUACACAAUAAUGACGUAUUCACUGAAAAAGUUUCCUCUUGAAUUAUUCGCAGGCGAGGCAUUUUUUUAGUCCACCCCAUUUAUAUUUCGCAAUUCCCAGAUCUCGAAUCUCAAGUGAUUCAGUCAUUGAAUCUUCAAUCUACUCAAAAAAUGAUCGAGAUAGAAGUCAGAGAGGGAUUUUAAACUAAUAGUCCUACUGUACAGGGUUAUACAUCAAGAAUGCCCACCCCUAUAUUCACCUUAUUUUUUAUCGAGAAAAACCAAACGAUAUGCGGAAGUUAAAUGCCGCAAUGAGACCAUUCCACAGCCUUUAUCAGAAGUUUUGUAGGGUGAUCCCUAAAAGCGUUAAAAACCACAAAUUGAUUUUUUUUAAAUUGAACACCCUGUUUUUUAUCGGAAUCUGAUUUUUUGUGAUCACAAAAGUAUAUAUAGGGUGUUUCAUUACUAAUUGGAAAUAUUUCAACCAUAGAAUCCCGAACUCAAAAUAUCAAGAUUUAACCUGAAUCACUUGGAUAAAAUAUGUCUCCUGUCUGAGUUACAGUGUUUUAUUCAAAAAUUUCGAAAUGUUUUUUGCCCAGUUCUUCAAAACUAUUUGACGUAUCACUUUCAUAUUUGGAAUUUUCUAGCUAUUACCAGAGGCGUACGAUAGGGGCAAGUGACUGGUUUAUCCUUCCCAAAUUCAACGCCACUGGCAGAAUUGCAAUUUUAUCAGAAUUUUUCGAUUCUUCAAUACCUUCUUCGUGAAUAUUGUACUCUUUCUUCAUAGCGAUAGAGUCAUUAUUUUUCCAGAUAUUUCAAGUUAAACAUGAAGCAGCACAAUUAUUUUGAUUUUAAUGUGUAUCAAAAAUGUCGAUGUUGUGGAUCAAUUGAUUGCAUUCAUUUAUCAAAUGGAACUUCAAUCCAUAUUAACAUAAAAACAUAACGGACGGGAGCUGUUACAGGGCGUUUUAAAUUUUUCAAUAUAUUACAUAAUUAAACACCCUGUAACAGCUCCUGUCUGUAAUGUAAUUAUGUUUUUAUUGUUAAUAUGAAUUGAAGUUUCAUUUCAUUGAUGAAUACAAUCCAUUGAUCCAAAAUAUUGACAAAAUUAAUGCACAUUGAAAUCAAAAUGAUGCAGAUUUAUGUUUAACUUGAACUAUCUCGAAAAAUAAUGACUUCAUCGCCAUGGAAAAAGAGUACAAUAUCUACGUCAAAAUUGUUGGAGACUCGAGAAUUUGUGAUAGAAUUGCAAUUCCGCCAGUGGCGUAGGAUUUGGGAGGGAUCAACCAGUUAAUUGCCCCUGUCGUACGCCUCUGGUAAUAGCUAGAAAAGUUCAUUUCACAUAAUUCAGUUGGGUGUAUAAUACCUACACUUCCCUCCAAAUAUGAAAGUGAUACGUCAAAUAGUUUUGAAGAACUUUUCAACAUUUUUUAAUAAAACACCCUGUAACUCAGACAGGAGACAUAUUUUAUCUAAGUGACUUGGGUUAAAUUUUCAUAUUUUGAGUUCGGGAUUCUAUGAUUGAAAUAUUUUCACUUCAUCAUCUCCACUUUUUUGAUCCCAGAAAACCAUUUUUUGUGUUGACUUGUACAUAUAUCGAGUUAUCCAAGAAUGAGCAUAUAUUUGACACUUGUAUAUUGCAUAACUAUCGAAUACAUUCCCAAACUGAUUGAGGGAGUUAUCACCCAUCAAAUAAAAUAGUUUUUCUCUGAAUAUAUACAGUGUGACCCAUUUAGGAUGGAAGCACCCUUAUAAAACUUACAUUUUUCAACCGAUUGGAAUGAUUUUUUUUUUGUUAGGUAGAUAUUCAAAAAGUCUAUUAGGACACCAAAUAUCAUGAAUAAAUCUCCAUUUCCAGGGCCAACUAAUCUGAUUUUUCAAGGUCAAAAAUCUAAAAAAAUUACUAGCGAUUUUUUUAGAAAAAAUCUGACUACACCACUGGAUUUGUGACAUUUUCAAAUGGGUAACAUGUAAAUUACGUUGAAAUGCGUCAAUCAUUAAAAAAGUUAUAAAGGAAUGAAAUUUGAAAAAUAUGCCGUUUAAUCAACCCACCAAUUCAUGUUCAGGAAUUUUAUGAAAAUUCUGUAUACUCCACUGGAUUCAGGAUGUCUUGAAAUAUUACUGAUCCCAGUUUCAUCGAAAUCUGUUCAGUAAUAAAAAUUGAUGGGUUGAUUAAACGGCAUAUUUUUCAAAUUUCAUUCUUUUAUAACUUUUUUAUUGAUUGACGCAUUUCAACGUAAUUUACAUGUUACCCAUUUGAAAAUGUCACAAACCCAGUGGUGUAGUCAGAUUUUUUCUAAAAAAAUCGCUAGUAAUUUUUUUAGAUUUUUGACCUUGAAAAAUCAGAUUAGUUGGCCCUGGAAAUGGAGAUUUAUUCAUGAUAUUUGGUGUCCUAAAAGACUUUUUGAAUAUCUACCUAACAAAAAAAAAUCAUUCCAAUCGGUUGAAAAAUGUAAGUUUUAUAAGGGUGCUUCCAUCUUGAAUGGGUCACACUGUAUGUAUACUUUUGUGAUACAAAAAAUCACAUUUUACAUACACAUAAAACAGGGUGUUCCCUUUUAAAAAAUCAAUUUGUGGUUUGUUACGUUUCCAGGGAUCACCCUGUAUAACUUUUGCUAAGGGCUGUGGAAUCGCCUCGUUGCGGCAUUCAACUUCAGCAUAUCGUUUGUGUUUUCUCGGUAAAUAUGGGGUGGGUCGACGUCAGUUCGAAAUUCGCCAUGUUAAGGGAUGAAAAAAUGCAAGCAAGCCAGCAAGCAAGCAGGGCUAUGCGCAGCCCUACACCUGUCCUGAUACAGACCACAGUGGCGCCAAGACGAGCGUCUCUGCAAUUCAGUGUGAGUCGAAACGUUCCGUUUCAAGUUAGUAUUUUACUCGCACAUUGUGUUGUGUUUACUAGAAUGAUUUGGAAAAGAGCUUUUCUGUAUACACUCCGGACUUUAUCGGGAACAGGGGCGUCUCGAAACGAGGACCGUUCAUGUAGAAAACUGCCUUUUCUAAUCGGAAAAUUCUCAGCUCGGUUUCGAUCCUAAUGGUCAAUAAAUAAUAAGUGGCCAACUAACUUUUUUUUCAUGAUAUCAUUUAUUGUUCAGGUUCAUUAUAACUUCACUUUUUAUGACAUUUAUCAUCCGACGAAUUGUUCCAAAUAGAUUGUGUGCUUUUGAUGAUCAGAAUUUAUUUAAACUGUAAAUAUUCAUAGAACUGACACUUCAAUAUUUGAUCACUUUAGUUUUGUACCUGUACUGAUUACCAGUGCUUGAAGUAAUUUGUGAUAUUUGGCCAUUAUUCUCAGUUGUACUGUAAUUUGUUGAAUAAUUCAUAUCUCUAAUUUUCUCUUUAGAAAAGUCACUACUCUACUGAGUUUAUUGACUCGGCAUUUUUUCAAAAGCUGCCAUUGGUAAAUAGUAAUCAACUUAGUAGUGUUAGUUUUUUAUGUUUCAAUUGGAAUUAAUUAAGGAUCUAGAUUUUAGAAUGUAGAUUAUGAUAAAAGUGAGGUGAAUUAUAUGAAUUUUACUUGACCAUGUAAUUUAUUAUCAAAAAUGAAUUGAUUAUAUACAGUUUUAUUCUUACAAACAUUUUGAAACAUAGAUUAUAGAAUUGGUGUAAUUUUUAUGUAUAAUCUCGAUUAUUUUAUAACAGAUUGAUUAUAAUAUUGUGUGCUCUCCAACCUUCAAUAUUGAAAAUGCUUUUUUGUUGAACAUAGAACAAUAAAGUAGUUUAUUCAUUUGUU